UCUCUCUCUCUCUCUCAAACAGAAAAAAAAGCCCAAAAGCCUCAAGGAAGGAACCUCUCUCUCUCUCUCUCUCUCUCCCCUGAUGUGGCUGCCGUGGGGGAAAACGCGUCGUCGGACUCUCUCUUCUUCCUUCUCCUUUACCACCUUCAAAGAUGUUCAGACCCUCGUCAACGAAGACCUUCCAAUCGCGGGCCCACCACCCUCCCAAGACGACCAAAACCCUCCCUCUCCCUCCUCUCUCCGCCCGCCUCCCAAAGCCCCAUCCAUCUUCCACCGAGUCAGAAUCGCCGCCUCAGCUCUCCGAACCUGGAAAACCCUAACCCUGACUCAGCCCCAGCCGCCCCCGAACCGGGUCGUCCUCUACUUCACCACGCUCCGCGUCAUCCGCAAGACCUUCGAAGACUGCCGCACGGUCCGCACCAUCCUCAAAGGCCUCCGUCUCUCUAUCGACGAGCGGGACCUCUCCAUGCACGCCGGCUUCCACGACGAGCUGAAGGCGAUCCUCGGUGAGGAGUUGAGCCUGCCCCAGGUCCUUGUGGGGGGCCGGUGUAUCGGUAAUGCAGAUGAAAUUCGGCAAUUGCAUGAAACGGGGGAGCUGAAGAAGGUGCUGGAGGGGGUGCCUGUUGCAGGGCCUGGCGAGUGCGAGGUCUGUGGCGGGAUGGGGUUUUUGCUCUGUAGCUAUUGCAAUGGUAGCCAUAAGUGUUAUGUUGAGAAAGGGAGUUUCAAGAGCUGUUCUUUGUGUAAUGAGAAUGGGUUGGUUAGAUGCAUAUCAUGUGGCUGAUGAAAUGCCGAUGAGAGAAGAAGACUGAAUUUUUUUU